AUGGUUUCAGGCGCCAAUGACAAAAGCACACCCGCAAUAGUCUCUUUGGCAGCUGGCGGCAUUGCUGGCGGUGUGGAAGGCUUUCUUUCGUAUCCUCUCGAGUUUGCGAAAACGCGUGUACAGUUGAGAGCUGAGAAAGGCGUACCGACACCACGAAACCCUUUCCUCGUCGUGACCCAAGUUUAUCAAAAUGAGGGAAUCAAAGCGCUUUACAAAGGCUGCGGAGCGCUGGUCUUCGGUUCAGUAGGCAAAGAUGCUGUUCGCUUUCUCUUCUUCGAUCAGAUCAAGUUAUCCUUCGCAGAUCCAGAGACUGGCACACUUUCGCCACUCCGCAAUCUGUUGGCUGGCAUGACUGCUGGGGUAAUCGCAUCGAUCACUGCGGUCACACCUACAGAACGCAUCAAAACGGCACUUAUUGACGACGCCAGAAAUGAAAAGCGUUUUCGCUCCGGUUUUCAUGCGACAGCAACGAUCUGGAAAGAGCACGGUAUACUCGGUCUAUACCGUGGCUUUGCAGGGACUACCCUCAAACAGGCAUCAGCAACAGCAUUCCGGAUGGGAACGUACAAUAUUCUCAAAGACUUUGAAAAGACCAAGAACAUCGAACAGAACACCGCAGUCAACUUCGCAAACGGAUCAGUAGCAGGCGUUGUGACAACGCUCUCCACACAGCCUUUCGAUGUCAUUAAGACACGAUCGCAGAGCGCAAGAGGUACAAGCACUGCUGAGGCUGUAAAGAGUGUGUUGUUGGAUUAUGGUAUCAAAGGAUUCUGGAAAGGCACAACGAUGAGACUAGGGCGCACGGUGUUUAGUGGUGGUAUACUAUUUACGAGCUACGAGGCUGCUGUCAAGCUCAUUUUACCAUUGUAUCCCGGCACGAAGCAAGCCGAAGUAUCAUAG